CAUUACAGUUUCAAAGGCGGAAAAAAUAGAGAAAAAACGGAGAGAAAUAGCAUUCCAACUGACGACAACAAAAAAAAAUCCCCUAGAAGAAAAACUAAAGCUUUGUCGCUUGUUUCCGCUGCAAAAGCGUGCGACAGCGGGACGAAAGAUGAUCACUUAGCGGCAGUGCAUAUGAGAAAAACUCCUGAAAAGCCAGCAAAUUUAAGAAACAAAUAACGAAGUAACUAAAAAAAAACACCGGAAUAUGUUCAAUAUGCAACGGCAGGUGACAAAAAGUAAAUUAAAGCGCGAGAAAAUCAAGAUGGAAAACGAUACGGCAACAACAACAACGGCGGUUACGCUCGGCAACAUUUGUAUUUUGUGCCGAAAAGAAAUGUUGCUGGAUACAUGUUGCUGUCAGCAAGCAGUCCAAGCAGUUGAAAACAUCCCCGCAAGCAGUGAAGAAACUAACAGCGUGCGCUGCUGUAAAGUUAACAGUGACCGUUUAAUGUUAAGUGAAGGGGAUUUAAGAGACGACGACUUCACUGUUUUUAAAGCGAUACGUUUGCCAAUAUUUGCGACUUGUUUUAAAAGUCAGGGCAAAACAAAGGUGUAUACAUGGAGCGAAAAGAGGGGCGUGAGGUGCAUUCGAAAUCGCUCCUGCGACGAAAACGACGAUGGCAGCACGAAAAACAACAGGAGGCAGCGCGAAAAGCUCAACAUUUUUAGCAAUUGCCACAACAUAUUGCGGACACUGCAGUCGCUGUUGCUGCUCAUGUUCAACUGUGGCAUCUUCAACAAGCGACGCCGGCGACAGCAGCAGCAGCAGCAUCAGCAAUCAAAUGUAAAUUACACAAAAUUCCUAUUGCUGCUACAAACACUGGCAGCAGCAACAACAAGACUGAGCUUCGGCCCUAACAAUUACAACCAACAACAACAACAACAACAACUAAAACAUAAUCAACAGCUGCCACGUGCCACGCCGCAACAACAACAACAACAACAACGACAACAAAAAGAACAAGAACGGUUUCACUACAAACGCCAUUUUCGUCAUUGGAACAGUAGUCUGAUCUGGAUAUUAGCCCUCAAUCUUAUGGCCCUUCAUGCCACUGCGUCGGUUGUGAUGCAACAACUCCCGCAGGACUGGCCACACGACGAUAUAACCGAUAAUAUGGAUAAUACAGCACUGAAGGUAGCAACACAUUCGCGAUUGCCGAGGAGCGAAUCAAACGUAACCAUGCGAUUGUCACCAAAUACAAAUAUCUGUAAAUCGAUUGAUAUUAGAAACUUUGUGUCGAGCUUCAAUAUGCUGGAGAACUGCACGAUCAUUGAGGGCUUCCUGCUGGUGAACAUGAUAAACGACGCCCUACCGCUGAACAGAUCGUUUCCGAAACUAGUCGAGAUCACCCAGUUCCUUGUGGUCUACCGGGUGACGGGGCUGCACUCGCUGUCGAAGGUCUUUCCCAACCUGCGGGUCAUCAGGGGGCACAACAACCUGGAGGGUUACACCCUGGCCGUCCACUCCAAUGCGGACCUUAUGGACAUAGGGCUACCAAGGCUGCGAUCGAUUACCGGAGGAGAUGUGAGGAUCGAGAGGAAUCAUAAGCUGUGCUUCGAAAGGACCGUCGACUGGCAGAAUCUUAUGCCCGAGAACGGAAAUCAGUCGCAGGUGGUAAUGAGGGAGAACAGCAAGGACUGCGAGCUAUCCAAGUGUCCAGCGGAGUUCAGGAUGGGAGAGAAUCACGAUUCCACAUCAGCUGACGGAGAGCUGAUCGCCGGGUGUCCCGAGCGCAAUGGCCAGCGGUAUUGCUGGGACAGCAAAGUCUGUCAGACAUUUUGUCCCGCGGAGUGCAGAGACAACUGCUUUGAUGAGAAAUCGUGCUGCCACAAGGACUGUUUGGGUGGUUGCACCCGGGAUAGAAAUGGCAAAGAGACCUGCAUCAGCUGUCGAAAUGUAUCGCUAAACAAUGUUUGCAUUGAGACCUGUCCGACUGGCUACUUUCGGUUCGACAGCCGCUGCGUUACGGCAAAGGAGUGCAGAACUCUGUCCAAAUUGAUAGACGGCAAGGAACUAAACGGUAUGCCCUUCCAGGGAGAAUGCACACCUCUUUGUCCACCAGCCUACCAGAAGAAGGUUGUGGCCGGCGAGGACACAUGUGAAGCUUGUCCGGGUGGCGCCUGCGAGAAGGUGUGCCCCGCCGGUCUCAUCGACGGCUUUAAUCGCGCGCGGGAGUUCCAUGGUUGCAACAUAUUGACUGGUCCCGAUCCCCUUACUAUCAGCAUCAAACGUGAAAGAAGUGCUAAUGUCAUCGAGACUUUGGAGUUCGGCCUUUCUGCCGUUCGUAAAAUUGAAUCGUCGCUAAUGGUGCACCUGACCUACGGAUUGACUUCUUUGAAAUUCUUCAAGUCCCUAACCGAAAUUAGCGGCGAUCCUCUGAAGGACAAAGACAAGUUCGCGUUGUAUGUGCUGGAGAACCGCGAUCUGGAGGAGCUCUGGGCGCCCAAUCAAACGGUGCACAUUAGGAGAGGUGGCGUGUUCUUUCAUUUCAACCCGAAACUCUGUGUAUCCACGAUCAAUAAGCUGCUGCCCAUGCUGGCCUCCAAGCCGCAGUCUUUCGACAAGCGCGAUGUGGCCACAGAUUCGAAUGGAAACCGCGGAUCUUGUGGAACUGAAGAGCUCACCGUCGCUUUACAGUCGGUGGGGUCGUUUUCAGCCAUGUUAAAUGUCACGUCGAAGGUGGAGAUUGGAGAGCCACGCGAACCGACCAAUGCGACUGUCGUUUUCAAGGACCCUCGCGCUUUCAUCGGUUUUGUUUACUAUCACAUGGUUUAUCCGACUGGGUUCCCAUCCAAGAGCAACGACGAUCCGUGCGACGAGCGCUGGACAGUCAGUCCGCCCGACAAGAGUGGUUUGCGAAUUCUAGAGAGUUUAACACCAUACACCAGAUAUGUCUACUACGUGCGGACAAUGGCCAUAUCCUCGGAAUUGACCAACGCAGAAAGUGGAAUACAGGAAUUCAUGACAAGCCCCGGUCAGCCUUCAAAGGUGACCGAUGUCGUGGCCAACGCCACCUCUGAUUCGAAAAUUAACGUAACCUGGAGCUACACAGAUAAACCCUACGGCAUUCUGACCCGCUUCUUUAUAAAAGCCAAGCUGAUUAAUCGACCAUUCCGGAACAAUAAUCGGGACUACUGCUCUGAACCUCUCUCCAAGGCCAUGGAGAAUGAUAUGCCGGCCACGACGCCCGUCAUAAAGCCACUGGAUACAAUGUCGGGCGACUGCAAAUGCGUGGAGGGCGUGAAAAAGACUAGUAAUCAGGAUGAUGAAGACCGUAAAAUUCAAGCCGGCAUGGAGUUUGAGAACGCUCUGCAGAAUUUCAUAUUCGUACCGAACAAUCGGAGAAAUAAGACUGCAUCAACUGACAAAUCAGAUGAAUCUAAAGGUGCUGCCCUCGAUUCCAAUGCGAUACCAAACGAUGGAGCUAAGAAUCCCUCCCGACCAAGACGGCACGUCGCCCUGGAGCCAGAGUUCGAUAAUAUUGAGAGCAGUGUGCUGCUACGUCAUGUGCGCUCCAUGACGGACGAUACGGAAGCGAAUAAUAAUGAUGUUGAUACAUCGUUUGAGGACGAGGAAAUCCUGUCUGCCAACAAAAAAUUCUACGAGGUGUUUGCCAAGGAACUGCCGCCCAAUCAAACGUAUUUCGUUUUCGAAAAUCUACGCCACUUUACACGUUACUCCAUUUACGUGGUAGCCUGCAGGGCAGAAGAUCCUGCGGAUUUAAAUAGGGUUACAAAGCCUAAACUUUGCAGCGAAUACGAUUCCGUCUUCCAAACGACCAAAAAGAGGGAACAAGCUGAUGAUGUCACUAAUUUAGUGGUGGAGUUGGAAAACGCCAACAAUACGGAAUCCUCGGUGCGGCUUCGCUGGGAGCCACCAGUCGAUCCCAAUGGGGAAAUCGUCACAUACGAAGUGGCCUACAAGCUGCAGAAACCCAAUCAGGUGGAAGAGAAGAAGUGCAUCCCGGUGGCGGAAUAUAACCAAACCGCUGGCUAUCCACUGAAGCUCAACGAGGGACAAUACAGUUUUAGGGUGCGGGCAAACUCAAUAGCGGGAUUAGGCGACUUCACGGAUUUCGAAUACAGAGAAGUUGAGCCUCCGCCGAGCUAUGCAAAGUACUUUAUCCUUGCAUCGGGCAUCCUCGGUACAGCGGUGAUUAUCUUCCUAAUGGCCUACGUUCGUCACCUGCGCAAGAGGGGACCCUCCAACGAUCUUCAUAUGAACACAGAGGUCAAUCCGUUCUACGCGAGCAUGCAGUACAUCCCCGACGACUGGGAAGUGCUGAGGGAGAACAUCAUUCAGUUGGCUCCCCUGGGCCAGGGAUCCUUUGGCAUGGUGUACGAGGGCAUCCUGAAGGGCUUUGCGGGCAACGGCGAUAUGGAGUGUGCCAUCAAGACGGUCAACGAGAAUGCCACGGAUCGCGAGCGAACCAAUUUCCUGAGCGAGGCCAGCGUGAUGAAGGAGUUCGACACCUAUCACGUCGUUCGAUUGCUGGGCGUCUGCUCCAGGGGUCAGCCCGCUCUGGUGGUCAUGGAACUGAUGAAGAAGGGCGAUCUCAAGUCCUACUUGCGGGCCCAUCGUCCCGAGGAGCGGGACGAGGCCAUGAUGACGUACCUCAAUCGCAUCGGUGUGACCGGAAAUGUCCAGCCUCCGACUUACGCCAGGAUCUACCAGAUGGCCAUUGAGAUUGCCGAUGGCAUGGCCUAUUUGGCGGCCAAGAAGUUCGUGCAUCGUGAUCUUGCGGCUCGCAACUGCAUGGUUGCCGAUGAUUUGACGGUGAAAAUCGGAGACUUUGGCAUGACCCGCGAUAUCUACGAAACGGACUAUUAUCGCAAGGGAACCAAGGGUCUGCUGCCAGUGCGAUGGAUGCCACCGGAGAGCCUGCGCGAUGGCGUCUACUCGAGUGCCAGCGAUGUGUUCAGCUUCGGAGUGGUUCUCUGGGAAAUGGCCACGCUGGCGGCUCAACCAUACCAGGGACUUUCCAACGAACAAGUCCUGCGCUUUGUCAUCGAUGGCGGGGUGAUGGAAAGGCCGGAAAAUUGCCCGGAAAUACUUCACAGACUCAUGCAACGCUGCUGGCAUCAUAGGUAUUCGGCCAGACCUAGUUUCCUGGACAUCAUCGCCUACCUCGAGCCGCAAUGUCCCAAUUCGAAGUUCAAGGAGGUGUCCUUCUACCACUCGGACGUGGGUCUGCAGCAUCGUGAGAAGGAACGCAAGGAGCGCAACCAAAUGGAUGCAUUCUCGGCGGUGCCCUUGGAUCAGGAUCUACAGGACCGCGAGCAGCAGGAGGAUGCCACCACGCCGUUGCGAAUAGGUGAUUUUCAGGGCUACAAGUCCAACAUGGAGCAGAACUCAUCCUUGGAUCAGCCGGCCGAGAGCCCCAUCGCCAUGGUCGAUGAUCAGGGUACUCACUCGCCAUUUAGCCUGCCGUCGGGCUUCAUAGCCAGCAGUACUCCUGAUGGCCAAACGGCACUGCCAACCGCAUUCCAGAAUCUGCCAGCCAUUCAAAGUGCUGACCUAACGCCCUACGUUCAGCCGGAUGCCGAUGCUUUGGACGGCGACAGGGGAUACGAGAUCUACGAUCCGAGUCCAAAGUGCGCAGAACUACCGACGAGCAGAAGUGGCAGCACGGGGGGCGGAGGAAAACUCAGCGGGGAGCAGCAUUUGCUGCCAAGAAAGGGCCGCCAACCUGUCAUUAUGAGCAGCUCCAUGCCGGACGACGUCAUCGGCGGAUCCUCUCUGCAACCCUCGACCGCCUCGGCAGCUAGUUCUAAUGCCAGUUCUCACACUGGACGCUUACCUAGUCUCAAAAGGGCAGUGGCCGAUACGUUGCGCAACCGAGCUAACAUGUUCAAUCGCCAUAUGUUCAACCACAAGCGAACGGGCAGCAAUGCCAGCCACAAGAGCAACGCCUCCAAUGCUCCCAGUACCAGCAGCAACACCAACUUGACCAGUCACCCGGUGGCCAUGGGCAAUCUGGGAACCAUCGAGAGCGGCGGCAGUGGCUCGGCCGGCAGCUAUACAGGUACACCCCGCUUCUACACACCCACGGCCACGCCCAGCGGAGGAGGAGGCAUCGCCAUUAGCGACAAUCCCAACUACCGACUGCUGGACGAGUCGAUGGCCAGCGAACAGGCCACCAUUCUGACCACCAGCAGUCCCAAUCCGAACUACGAGAUGAUGCACACGCCAGGCAGUCGUUUGAUCAGCACCAAUCCGAACUAUGUGCCCAUGAGUGAGCCUCCUGUUCAGAUGGCUGGGGUGACCAUCAGCCACAAUCCAAAUUACCAGCCCAUGCAGGCGCCGUUGAAUGCUCGCCAAAGUAGCUCCGACGAGGACAACGAACUGGAGGAGGAGGACGACGACGACGACGAGGACGAUGAUGUGGACGACGAGCAUGUGGAGCACAUCAAGAUGGAACGCAUGCCGUUGAGUCGUCCGCGGCAAAGGGCGGUGUCCAGCAAGUCGCAGCCGCCACGCAGUCGCAGUGUCAGCCAAACCAGGAAGUCGCCGACGAAUAGCAACUCCGGAGGCGGAACGACCGGGGCCGGCAACAUGUCCAACCUGCUCAAGGAGAGCUGGCUGCGGCCGGCAAGUACGACGAGGCCUCCACCGCCCAAUGGAUUCAUCGGCAGGGAGGCGUAAUCGUUUAGACCGUAGUUCUGUAGAAAAACCUGUAAAUAGAUGAGCUGGAAGCCAAGGUGAGGGAUAUGGAGUAGCAAACUUUUGCCGCAAGCUAAG